AUGUCUACCAUCACCGUAGCAACAACACUUUCACCUUCUUCUAAUGCUCCCCUUAUAGCACGAUGUCGUUUUGGUUUUGGUUCUGGUUCCUUCCUUUCUUCCACCACAAAACAAAAAUGCGCCUCAACUAUUAACACCACAGCCACCAUCCUCGCCGUCGCCACCCACCCUUCGGUUUCUGUCAACCCCAACCCGGACCCCAACCCCAACCCCAGCCACCUUGUUCUGCCUUCCAACGAAUCAUCGGAGAGGCUGCUCAGAAUCCGCCACACGUGCGCGCAUGUGAUGGCAAUGGCUGUUCAAAAGCUCUACCCUGAUGCAAAAGUCACAAUUGGGCCUUGGAUAGAAAAUGGAUUUUAUUAUGACUUCGAUAUGGAGCCUUUGACCGAUAAAGAUUUAAAGAGAAUAAAAAAAGAGAUGGAUCGGAUUAUUGGAAGAAAUUUACCUCUCCAAAGAGAAGAAGUUUCAAGAGACGAAGCUUAUAGAAGAAUAUCGGCAUUGAAUGAACCAUACAAGUUGGAGAUUUUGGAAACCAUCAAGGAGGAUUCCAUCAGCAUAUAUCAUAUUGGUGAUGAAUGGUGGGACCUUUGUGCUGGUCCUCAUGUUGAAUCUACUGGAAAUAUCAAUAAGAAAGCAGUUGAACUUGAGUCUAUUGCUGGGGCAUACUGGAGAGGAGAUGAAAACAAGCCAAUGCUGCAAAGGAUAUACGGUACUGCAUGGGAGAAUGAAGAGCAGUUAAAAGCUUACCUUCACUUCAAAGAGGAAGCUAAGCGUCGAGAUCACAGGCGCAUAGGGCAAGAUCUUGAUUUGUUUUCUAUACAGGAUGAUGCUGGCGGGGGUUUAGUCUUCUGGCACCCAAAAGGAGCUAUAGUCAGACACAUAAUUGAAGAUUUCUGGAAAAAAAUUCACUUGAAAUGUGGAUAUGAUCUACUGUACACACCACAUGUGGCAAAAGCUGAUCUUUGGAAGAUCAGUGGUCAUUUGGACUUCUAUAAAGAGAAUAUGUAUGACCAGAUGAACAUUGAAGAUGAGCUUUAUCAGCUCCGACCAAUGAAUUGUCCUUAUCAUAUUUUGGUGUAUAAAAGCAAGCUUCAUUCAUAUCGUGAUUUUCCUAUAAGGGUAGCAGAAUUGGGAACUGUUUAUAGAUAUGAACUAUCUGGAAGUUUACAUGGCCUUUUCCGUGUUAGAGGUUUCACACAGGAUGACGCACAUAUAUUUUGUUUAGAUGACCAGAUUAAAGAUGAGAUCAGGGGUGUCCUAGAUCUUACUGAAGAAAUAUUGUUGCAGUUUGGUUUUGACAAGUAUGAAGUAAAUUUAUCUACAAGGCCUGAAAAGGCUGUAGGAGAUGAUGAUAUAUGGGAGAAAGCUACCUCCGCUUUAGAAGAUGCUUUGGAUGAUAAAGGUUGGACUUAUCAAAUUGAUGAUGGAGGAGGUGCCUUUUAUGGGCCAAAGAUUGAUAUCAAGAUCGAGGAUGCUCUUGGUAGGAAGUGGCAGUGCUCAACCAUACAGGCAAUUCUUGACUUCAUAAAUUUUUAA